AUCCCAAAACCCUCGCCUCUAUAAAUUCGUUGUCGACCUUCAGGCCGACUCCCUCUCGCUCUCUCGCUUCGAGCCGUGUCCGUCUUUGCGAUCUCUCAUCCCUUCGUUGGAACGACCCGAGAGCUUGCUCCUGCGAUCAUGUUGGUCUACCAGGACUUACUCACCGGUGAUGAGCUUCUCUCGGACUCGUUUCCAUACAAGGAAAUCCAUAAUGGAGUAUUGUGGGAAGUUGAAGGGAAAUGGGUUGUUAAAGGGGCUGUUGAUGUAGACAUUGGUGCUAACCCUUCUGCAGAAGGUGGGGAAGACGAGGGUGUUGAUGAUCAGUGUGUCAAAGUGGUUGACAUUGUUGACACCUUCAGACUCCAGGAACAACCCCCUUUUGAUAAGAAGCAGUUUGUUGCCUUCAUCAAGAAGUACAUCAAGUUGUUGACACCCAAGUUGGAUGCAGAGAAGCAGGAGGAAUUUAAGAAGAAUAUUGAGGGGGCAACUAAGUUCUUGCUCUCCAAGCUCAGUGACCUCCAAUUUUUUGUUGGAGAGGGCCUGCACGAUGACAGUACCAUGGUGUUUGCAUACUACAAGGAGGGUGCCACUGACCCAACGUUUUUGUACUUAGCGCAUGGGUUGAAGGAAGUCAAAUGCUGAGAAGGAUGGAGUUGUAAUCGCCUGGUUCAGAGUGGGAGUCACUCAUUUUAGUUUCAGUGAUUAUUAUUAUUGCCAUAAGUUUUGGAACUUAUAGUUCACUGUUCUAUGGAACCUCUGCUUAGAACAUGUCAUUUUCUGUUUUUGGUUGGUAACGUGGAUUGAAUUUAUUGUCUGCUA